AUGGUUGAGUUGAUGGAGUUGCCCAAGGCCCGCGUCAAUGCCAGCAUGCUAGCUCAGUUCAUUGACAGGCCCGUCUGCUUCGUAGGAAGGCUGGAAAAGAUUUACCCUACUGGAAAGAUGGUUAUUCUUUCAGAUGGAGAAGGAAAAAAUGAAACCAUUGAAUUGAUGUAGCCUCUUGAUUGAAAAAUUGCUGGAAUCAUGGAAGUAGUUGGCAGAGUAAUGGCAAAAGCAACCAUCAUGUGUGCAUCUUAUGUCCAGUUUAAAGAAGAAAACAAUCCUUUUCAUCUUGGACUUUAUAAUGAAGCUGUGAAAAUUACCCAUGAGUUCCCACAGUUUUUUUCUCUAAGGGGUUACACAACGUGA